AUGCCCGAAUCCAAAACCAAGAUCCGCCCCCAACAAUCAUGCCUGAGAUGUCGCGAGCGCAAAGUCAAGUGCGAUCGCUCAAUCCCCUGCCACGCCUGUAUCAUCCGCGGCAUCGAGUCAGAAUGCACAUAUCUAACCACCGCCGAAGACCGCGAGCACAUCGGCCAAGCGGAGAUCAUUGACCGAUUACGUCGCGAGGUCGCACAGUUGCGCACUCAGUUAUCGCAGAGUCCGCGACCGCGACCGCGAUCGCAAGGCCGUGGAGGGAGCGCCGAGCGCGAUGGAACCCGUGAUCGCGAUCGCGAUCGUGAGCGUGGGUAUGCGCGCCUGCCUGGGUCGGGGUCUAGCUCUGCGCACUCGCAGUCACAGUCGCGGGCGCGGGGGCAGUCCGGGAAGGGGUCUGGCUCAGGGUCAGCCGCUGGGGAUGGCGUGGGUGGCGUGGGGUAUGCCGUUGCGGGAGCUGGCGCGGGCAUGGACAUGACGGAUGGGAGUUGGGAUGGCUCUUCGCCUUCUUCGUCGGCUAUGACGCACUCGCUGUCUGUUAAUAGUCCUAGUAGUACGGGGAGUGCGAGUCAUGCGCAAUCGGUGUAUCAAGGGUCGACAUUUGGGACGAAGAUUGCGGAGGAUCUCACGACAACGAGCAGUACAGCUUUUAUUGGAGCUAAUUUCAUGGACGAUGCGGCUUUGGCUUAUUCCCAAGGAGGUAUACCCGCUUUUGCGCCGGACGAAAUUCCGGCUUCAAUUCCGAUGCAAAAUUUACACCCACAAGCUUCACUAAUGCAUGGCAUGCCUGGAUCGCAAAUGUAUCCAGGUAAUAGCCCCCGUUAUGCAGUGGAGAACUGGAGUAAUGCACCAUAUAUGCAUGCUGAUCAUGCUUUGAACUACUCUCGAGAGGCAGUUCCAGCCCCACAUACGAGUUCAUCUGGCGUCUACCAGCCUGAUUCAUACCAUCAACAUCAUCCACACUGGGAGCAGGGACACCAAUUCACUCCCGCACAACCAUACCUGAAUUCAUACUAUUCCUCAUCAUCUGGUGCCUUUGCUCAUGCAAACACAGAUCCACAUCAGGAUCUCUAUCAGUCACAAACACUACACAGCCAGAGCCAGAGUUCACAACCACAACCUAUUAGCCCUGAGUCCAUUUCUCAUUCCCUUCUUGCAAUGUCAAGUUCGUGGACGGGCGAAGGGAAGCAGGAGCUUCUAGAAACUUUGCUCGAAACGAUCGGUAGUUGUGACGAGGAGCGCGUGGCCCAGGUAGUUCAGGUAGUCAGGGCCAGUGCGACGCCCGAGGAAGCUGUCUCGGGAAUCUGUCAGGUCCUGGGGAUCGGAAGCGGGCGAUAA